AUGUAUCAAAUGGAACAGAGGGCAGAGAAGAAAGCUAAAAAGCCAAAGACGCGUACGUUACGUGAGCUCUCACCACCACCACCGCCAGUUACGCUAAGUGAGUUAGGAGAGGCUGAACCGAGCACAUCGGGGAUUGGCACCCGAGCUGGAUCGUUGAAGAAUGGAAGCGGAGAUGCUGCAGUGCCAGAAGAAAAGGUAGAAUCAGGCGAAGCAGUGGUUGACGAUAGUGUAGCAGAGAUUACUAAUAAUGGAACAAACGCCGAUCUGGGAGAAACAAGGCCGAAUAUCUACCCCGGUGAGCAGUUGAGUGCUAUGCAAACAGUUUUCGAGCCGCCACCAUCCUACAGCGAAGCAAUAGGAGAACGUGAUGGUGCCACUGUACAUCCCACAACUGCCUGGAAACCGCCUGCAGUGUCAAUGAAAACCAGGUAG